UGAGCAGAGUGUAAACAUGUCGACCAUUAGUUUGGGUAGGUUAGUGAUCUUGGCUGUAAUUAGCGGAUUGGUGGUCAGUGCUCCUCAACCAGGUCGUGAUCAACAAGUUACGGUGAUUAAAGAGUCCAACAACCAUGGGACAGAUGAGUUCAACUGGAGUUACGAGCUAAGUGAUGGUCGCCAGGUGCAGCAGAAGGCUACCGUGAAGAUGCUACCGGACGGAACUAAGUUCUUGGUGGUUGAUGGCUUCUACAGCUACGUUGGUCCGGAUGGAGUCAAGUACAGCGUGCACUACACGGCGGAUGAGAAUGGAUACCAUCCGAAGUUGAUGACUGGCGAUGUUCAAAUAUUCGAGGUGCACCAGGUGGGACUUGAUCCGAAGGUGCUUGCGUCUUUAUUGGGAUGAAUGUGUUGGAUAAAUCUACUAAAUUUUUGAAAAAUGUCUGAUAUUUUUACCAUUUAAGUAAGUUCUAGAUAAGUUAUAAUUAUAAAGUAAUAAACCAAGUCUAACCAAUAAAGUACAAAAUGUGUGUUUGUGGAUUCUAAUAUCGUCAUUGAUUUGAUACUUCA